AUGUCUACGGCCGGCUCUGUUACGCGCCUGCCCGACCCUGCCCGACCAUCUACCCAACUUCGACCCGCUGCUCUCUACUAUCCAGAUACUACGGCGGUAUUUCAUGCCUCUGUGUUCAAAUACAACAACAACGAAUAUACCCAGACCUUGGUUGUCAACUGCGUCACUUCAUGUGGUUCUGACGGCAUCCCCGAGCAAACUAUCACGGUUAAAUUUGGCAACACGUUAUCAUUCGCUGGCAAUCAUGUUUUGUCAGGCAGCCGCACCGCCUGGGGCUUUGCAGCGACAGGUGGCCAGUCAAGUUCGCUCAGGUAUGCUGCCACCACAGUAAAGGAUGGUGACAAGCUCAAUCUCCCAUUGAGUUCACUGGAGGUCCCAGCCUGUUUCGUGGCGUCACGCCUUCAAGUGGUCACAGUGACCACCGGCCUCGACAGAAUCUACGGCUGGGGUACCUACAAUGACAACUCUGAUGUUAUGACAACUUGGAAGGAACGUGCCAUGUCUAGUCUCAGCUGCACUCCAACUACAGAGCACAGGACAACACAGAUAGGGGGCACAUCUGCAUCUGGAGUCGCCGAGACGGGCUCAAUGACAACAACAGCUGGGGCAGCCACGGCAACGCAGCCUGAGGGUUCAAGUGGUCUACUUAGGGCACCAAAAGGCCUGUUGGUGCUUUGCUUGACCUCAAUCGUUUGGCUUCUUGUGUAA